AUGAAGCUUCUCUCCAUCCUCUCGUUCGCAGCACUGGCUGCUGCCCUUCCGAAAGCUUCCACUGCCUCUUCUUCCUCUAUUUCUGGUUCUACCUCGUCUGUUCCUGCGCCGUCUCCCUCUGGUUCUGCCUCGGCCUCCUUCGUCAGCACCUCAGGAACCCAAUUCACCAUCGACAACAAGAAAGGCUACUACGCCGGCUCCAAUGCCUACUGGAUUGGCUUCCUGACCAACAAUGAUGACGUCGACCUCGUCUUUCAACACAUGAGCGAGUCGGGCCUCAAAAUUCUCCGCGUCUGGGGCUUCAACGACGUCAACUCUAUUCCGGCCAACAACAAAGUCUGGUUCCAGUAUCACGCCAACGGGACGUCGCAGAUCAACACGGGCGCAAAUGGGUUGCAGCGACUGGAUUACGUUGUGUCGUCCGCUGAGAAACACGGCAUCAAGCUGAUUAUCAACUUUGUGAACAGCUGGAGUGACUACGGCGGCAUGGAGGCGUAUACGUCCGCCUACGGGGGGGAUCAGACGGGGUGGUAUACCAACACCAAGAUACAGGCUGCAUACCAGAGGUAUAUCAAGGCUGUGGUGUCGCGCUACGCGAAAUCGACUGCGGUUUUUGCGUGGGAAUUGGCGAAUGAGCCACGGUGCAAGGGUUGCGACACGGACGUGUUGUAUAACUGGAUCGCAAAGACGAGCAAGUAUAUCAAGUCGCUGGACGCGAAUCAUUUGGUCGCCAUUGGCGAUGAGGGAUUUGGCCUUGAUAUCCAGUCUGAUGGCAGCUAUCCAUUCGGAUACAGCGAGGGAUUGAACUUUACCAAAAACUUGGGUAUCAAGGAUAUUGAUUUUGGGACAUUCCAUCUCUAUCCGUCUAGCUGGGGCGUCCCCAACUCCUUUGGAAACAGCUGGGUAACUUCGCAUGGCACUGCCUGUGCAGCAGCCGGCAAGCCGUGCCUGUUUGAAGAAUACGGCGUCACAUCCGACCACUGCAACCUCGAAUCGCCGUGGCAAAAGACGGCGUUGAACGCGACAGGCGUGUCUGCGGAUUUGUACUGGCAGUAUGGAGAUACCUUGAGCACUGGACCGUCGCCCGAUGAUGAAAACACCAUUUACUAUGGAACAAGCGACUUUGAAUGUCUGGUGACAGAGCACGUCAAGAGCAUCUAG